GUUGAUAUCUGGCGCGUUACACGUGGUGGAAGCUUCUAGAAAUUGGAUACGUUGUUUUGAGGCUGAGCGAUGGCUGACAAGGUCAAACUAAACGAGGGCAAGACAAAGAUAAUCUAUCAAUUACCAGACUCUUCUCCCGACUCAGCAAACGGUAAAAACGUGUUAAUCAAAUCGAAGGAUCGUAUCAGUGCGGGUGAUGGUGCUCGAGCCAAUGACAUGGAGGGCAAAGCUGCCAUCAGCACAGCCACGAAUUGCACUGUCUUUGAGCUAUUGAAUGACUGCGGAGUGAAGACGCACUUUGUCAAGAAGUAUUCGGACACCGAGUUUAUUGCACAGAAGUGUGACAUGAUCCCGAUCGAAUUUGUAACUCGACGAAUUGCGACCGGCUCCUUUUUACGACGUAACAAAGGUGUCAAAGAAGGCUACCGAUUUUUUCCACCACUGGCUGAGUAUUUCUUCAAGGACGACGAGAAUCACGAUCCUCAGUGGUCGUACGAGCAGCUGGUCGAAGCAAAGCUGAGCAUGGGUGGCAUCACAAUCGGUCCCAGGGAAAUCGAAAUCAUAGGUUACACAACACGCUGCGUGUUUGAAAUUUUGGAGCAUGCGUGGGCCGCUUUGGAUUGCUCGCUGGUAGACAUGAAGAUUGAGUAUGGAGUGAAUGCUGCCGGUGAGAUCCUCCUCGCUGACAUCAUCGACAACGACUCGUGGCGCUUGUGGCAGUCUGGACAGAGGAGCUUACAGAAGGACAAGCAGAUCUAUCGCGAUCUCAAGGAAGUUACGCCUGACGCUUUGGCCAAAAUCAAGAAAAGCUUUGAGUGGGUUGCCGAGCAUGCUAAGCUGCUGAGUCCAUCGAUAGAAGGUCAGGUUGUGAUUCUGAUGGGUUCGUUGAGAGACGAGUCGCAUUCGGCCGAGAUUGCUAGCAUUUUGAAGAAGCUUGGUGUGCCCGUUGAGCAGCACGUUUGCUCUGCACAUAAAGGGUCUGCCGGUACUCUGAAAAUUGUUGCCAAAGCAGAAGGGACGGGUAUUCCGACCGUCUUUAUUGCUGUUGCUGGUCGAAGCAACGGUCUCGGUCCGGUUGUGUCGGGUAACACCAACAGUCCUGUGAUCAACUGCCCUCCGCCGUCAUCACAAUGGGCGUCGCAUGAUAUCUGGUCAUCUUUGCGCUUGCCGUCUGGAUUGGGCUGCACUACAGUGCUGUCUGCGGACACGGCGGCCAUCAGUGCUGCACAGAUCUUGGCCAUUAAUAACCCAGUGCUGUGGGGCAAACUUCGCGCUCGUCAAGCUAAUACAAGGAUUGCUCUGGUGAAGGAGGAUGCCGAUCUCCAGUCACUGAAAGCUUGACAGGACAGAAAAGUUGAGUUAGUUGUUGGUAGAAGGUAGAUAGAUAUAUUGCCAGAUGGUGUACUUGCCUGAUAGGGUAUGAUGGAUGGUUUAGUGGGUGCAUAUAAAGAGCAAUUUGAUUGUGUGGCCAAAUAGUUGCCAGUUGGGCGAGGGUCACUGUGUGUAAUUGCAUACCUGUAGCAUGUUCACUUUCAGUGAAGCUUCAUUAGCUUCAUUAUCUCACAUUCAAGCAAGGCUGGCUGACAUGUGCAGUUUCCUGUAGUUGCUAG